AUGGUGGCAGGUGCAGGGCGUCUCAAGAUGUUUGACUAUGAAUCGGCGACCAAUACUUUUUUUGUUUGGGACGUGAAUGUGAAUAAAGAAGAGUAUCAUGGAGGAUUUGAAAAGGUGUGCUUGGAGAACAUGACAUGGUAUCUACUGGAGGAAGACAUGGUUCCGAAGAGAGAAGACGCUAUGGAUACAGAAUGCAUAGCUUUGGACCCAAACAACGAGGAAAUUAUCUAUCUAGUUAUAGAUGACGAGAUUGUUAUGUUCAACAUUCGUACAAGAAUCCAGUCGAAACUGGAUAGAAGGAUUACUAUUGAUAAUGGUUUGAACUGCGAGUUCUUCCAAGUUGUGGAAGAAAUGGGGAAGGUCAUGGAGUCGGUGCCAAGUGCACAACUGCAGUCGUCAAGCGAGAGUUGUGGAGGAGCUGCUGCGCCUGAUGAGGAGGAUGUUAAGUUGCAUGUAGCCAAAAAGUCGAGGACACAUUUUUAG